AUGACAUUUCAAUCUGUGAAAACGGAACAUAUAAAGUAUGGAAUAAACAGGGAUUCAAAGAAAUUCAAGAAGUGCCCUGAAAAGAAAGAUAAAGUGAAAUGUGUUUGUUUCGUUUUUGACAUUUCUAUGCCUGCUGACGAGCUACCAGGUAAAAUACAGGAAACGUUCAAGAAUUUCCAACGAUGGCUUCGGCAUAAAGAGAUUCCGUACAUUGUCGUUCUGACUAAAGGUGACCUGUUGAACGCUGAUGUAGGGGAAGGCAAGUAUCAGGUGUUUGAAAACAACACUUUAAAAGAAAACAAAGACAAACUCAUAAAGAUGUUUGGCUUCAAACAAAGCAAAAUGUUCCCAGUUGUUAACUAUAUACAUGAAGAUACAGUGGUACCGAAGAGUGAUGCGUUACUUAUAGCGGCAUUAAGGGAAAUUCUGAAACUUGGAAAGGAAUAUUUUGAGGAUAUUGAUGACACAGAUACUGAUGAAAGUGAUUACGAAGAAAAUGGAUCAGAGGAACAAUUAUUAUAAUAUAGACUAAGUACACAGCUUGCUCAGUGACAUUUUCAAAAGUUUCUGAUUGAAGUCAUGAAGAGACGAAAGCAUAAGAGAGUGUCAUUAAAGUCUAUACUUCUGAAGUGUCUCAACUAAAAACAUGAAUUUAGGUCCGGUAUAUAGAGAUUUUAAGCAGGCAUUAUGUUCUCUAUCAAUACAGCG